AUUUUUUCAAUAAUAUUGUUUCGACGAUGACAACCCGUCAGAACUGACAAUAAUAGUGAGAUCGUAUUGUAGAUAUUUACAUGAAUAGACAUGGAGUGCCGCUCGUAUAGAGUGUAAACCGCGGUAACAAAUUUCAUCACAUAAAUAACGAGAAAAUUGUCCCGGCAUAAUUUAUAAAAGGGCAAUAAUAGGAGCAGUAAUGUUAAAAGAAUUUGCCGAUCAAUCGACCAUACACGGUCUCCACUAUGUCAGCAACGUUAAGCGUCACUGGACCGAAAGGUUGUUUUGGUUUAUUUGUUGUACUCUGAGCUGGUUUGGUUCCGCAUUACUGAUGAUGAAUUCCUGGGAAGCGUAUCAGACAAACGCAAUUAGUUUCGUGGUUGAAACCAGCUCAUUGGAGUUUCAAACGACUUUUCCGGCGGUCAGCGUAUGUGAAAUGAACAACAUCGCCAACAUCCAAAAAUUGGCCAACAAGAUAUUUGGAGACAAUAGGAAUUUCAAUUUGGACGAGAUUGUAAAAGAGAUAACUUACUUCAAAGGAACUUCAUACUAUAUUAAUGAAUUUUGCAUAACUGGGCAAUAUAAUUGCCCCAAAAAUAAUUUCAGUAAAAUAGCAAUUUCUACGAGAAGUACUUGCGAUGAAGUGUUUUUAAAUUGCACUUGGAACAACCUUCGUGACUUUGACUGUUGCAAGCAUUUUAUUCUUACUGAAACUGAACUAGGAAUUUGUUACACACUUACAAUGGAAAAUGAAUCGCCAAAUUCCGAUGAUUUUAUUGACAUGUAUUCCAACCGGGAGACAGGUCCGAGCAAUUUACGUAUAAAAUUGUCAUCGCCAAGUCAGGUGAUUGCAGUUUACAUUAUUUAUCCAAUUCUAUUACAUGUGUACUGUAUACAGGUUUUUAUUCACUCAGUGGUAGAUGUACCAUAUUAUAAUACAAUAAGUACAGAUAUUUUACAAGCUACAAUGGGUAUUCAUAAACAAUUUAAGUUUGUUAUUAAAGAUAUUGAAAAUGAAGACGAAGUCAGAUUUGUUGGCAUUUCACAACGCAGAUGCAGAUUUCCAUUGGAGAAUUAUCUUGAUGUCAGUUCAAAAUACAGUUAUAGUUCUUGUAUUGUUAACUGCCGCCGUCAAAAGCAACUAGAGAUGUGUAAUUGUACUUCUCAUUUAAUGCCCAACAGCAAAUUAAGUGAACAAUGUGAUAUAAAUGGACUUAUAUGUUUAAAUACACAUUAUGCUGAAUUAUCGGUUUUAAAAAAGAAAAAAAGUAAGCGACCAGGUUUAGAAUGUGAUUGUGUACCCUCCUGUAUUGAAGCUGAAAUAAAUGUCAUAACAGUUGAAUCAUUUAUAACUAAUGAAAACGAAUCAGUCAUACAAUUAAUGAUGGACCGAUUACCAGCAGAAAGGCUUAAACGUAAUGUUGUUAGAGGAAGAUUAGAUGUAUUAGUUUCGUUGGGUGGUUCUGUUGCAUUAUUUGUUGGAGCAAGUAUAUUGAGCUUUUUGGAAAUUAUCUACUAUUUUAUUAUUCGUAUGCGCAAUGUUAAAAUUCCAAAUUUAAAAAAACCUAAGAAGUCAAAAUGUGAUUUUAAGAUGAAAUAAUAAGUAAAACAAAGGUAUGUGAAUAGAAAUAAUUUCAUUAAAAUAUAUGUAUAAUAAACAUUUUAUUUAUUUAGGAUAGAACAACAUUUAGAAGCACAUAUUUCAUUUUUAAGUCACAUUAUACAAAUUAAUAACACAACAAAGAAUUAGUGUUAUUCACAUCAUAAUAUUAAAUUAAAAUAAUUUUU